AAGAAAAAAAAAUAGAUACCAUUAACCAAAAAAAAAAAACAAUUUUGUAAAAGUACUGAGUAGCUCUAUGCAGUGGCAGUAUAAUUAUUUACAAAAAUUGAUAUGUUAUUUUAAAACUUAAAUUUACGAUUUCUAUUAAAAUUUAAAAUCGAAACAAUUUGUGUAAUUUGUCCUUUAAGCUUCUGAUUAAAACUUUAACCACAACAAUUGACGCAAACAUGUCUGUAAGUCUUAAAGCGAAAGAUAAUAAACCAGAACGUAUAGCAUAUAGCGAAGCAGCUUUAAGAAAUAAUGCGAUAGUCGUGGAAUACUGCCGUACUUCCAUGUCGGCGUUAUCAGGCUCAACUGCAGGUGUUCUUGGCUUGACCAGUCUGAAUGGAUUUGCAUUCUACAUGUUUGCUGUGAUUAUUCUAUGGGUGAUGUUUAUGAUCAAAGCAGGGCCCAACUGGCCUAAAUACUAUGUAUCAAGACAAAGUAUACUAACAAACGGAUUCUUCGGCGGACUCUUUACCUAUGUUUUAUUUUGGACAUUUAUAUAUGGAAUGGUACAUGUCUAUUAGAAGUAUUACAUUAAAGUAUAGCUGCAAUUUAAAAGUAAAAGUUAGUAAAUAUAAUAUAAUGUGACAUUAUGGUGAAAAAGUUUGUUUGAUCAUAUUAUUUUACAUACUAAGUUAAAUUUACAAAAUAAAAUAUUGGGGUGUAAAUGA